AUGAAGCAAACCCAAGCCGCAUCGAGGAAUCUGUCGCCCCGGGAACCGACGAAAAAAGAGAAGGAAGCCGUAGACGAAGGAGAACAAGAGAAGGAAGCCGUAGACGAAGAGAAUAAAGACAGAGAAGAAGAGAAGGAGCCGAAAGAAGUGGAAGAGGAAAUGGAGCCCCUAAGAGACUAUGAAACGGCGAUAAUUGUAAGACCACAUGGAACUGAGUCGCAUGCAGAAUCGUUCUGCAUCGAUUGUGAGGCUCGCACAGCAAAGCUAAAAGGUCCCACCGAUACAAUCGGAGGCCCAUCGAAUAAUGCGCAAUCUGGUAAGGCUCAUUCAGAUUCGGUGGAGGAUACUGGACCUGAGGCUUUAAAAGCGAUGGACGGUCGGCUUAUGAAAGCAGUCGAAGAUGCUGUGAAGGAUGAUGUGAAGGAUUUGAAGAAAACAGUCUCUUCAUUGUCUGACAAGGUAACUCUUGUAGAAAACGAAGUGAAAAUUCUUAGGUCGAGUGGUGAUAAUCCGUCGGAGGAGAAUAAGGAGUCGGACGAAGAGGAUGAUGUUGAUAAGGCAUCGGAGGAAGAGGAUCGUGGUGAUAAGAAGAGUAAGGAGUCGGAGGAAGAGGAUGAUGUUGAUAACGCAUCCGAGGAAGAGGAUGGUGGUGAUAAGGAGAGUAGGGAGUCGGAGGAAGAAGAUGCCGAAAAUAAUUACAUUCGCGAUGUUACAAACGAAGUGCUGAAGGAACAUGGUGAUGUUCAUGAUAACAUGGAUGAAGAUACUGCACAGAUGAUUGUUCAUGCUGAGAAGCAUAAGAAGGCAGAGGCUGGGAAGGCAAAGAAUGAAAAAAAGAGAGGGAGAACAGAUGAUGGAAAAGAAGCAGAGCCUUCGAAAAAACCAAAGGGUUUAGGAAAAGUGAGGAGUUCCGUUAAUACAAGAAGUCGUCGUUUUGGGGGGGAGAAGGGAGCGGAGGAGGAGGAAUCAGAGGAGGAUGAGGCAGCAGAUGAAGAGGUAGCAGAGGAAGAGGCAGCAGGGAAGAAGAUCAGAGGUGCAAAGAAGGCAGCAGAUGAAGAGGUAGCAGAGGAAGAGGCAGCAGGGAAGAAAAUCAGAGGUGCAAAGAAGGCAGCUGAGAAGAAGGCAGCUGAGAAGACAGCAGCUGAGAAGGAGGCAGCUAAGAAGGCAGCAGCUGAGAAGGAGGCAGCUAAGAAGGCAGCAGCUGAGAAGGCAGCAGCUAAGAAGGCAGCAGCUAAGAAGGCAGCCCAGAAGAAGCCACCCUUGAAGCCGAAGAAGAGUAAGACACAGAAGGUAGGUAAGAAGACGGAGUGA